AUGAUUUUGGAUUUCGGUAGCCGGGCUAAAGGAGGUUCGGACAACAACCUCGUGAUAAUUGGAAACGGCAUAUUGUCAUCGGCAACAAUCCUGUCUCCUCUAAAAGUGGACCCGUCAUCCUUGCACCUCUACAAAACCAAUUUUCGUCCGGUGAACGAGCUGGACUACAUCCUGAAGCGCAGCGGGGUAAGAACCGCCGAUGAAACCCCAGAUUCAAAAGAACGUCGCAGCCAAAUGGGGUCAUCAUUCAUCCGGUUUGGACGGAACCACAUGGCCAAUAAUGGGGAAAACAUCGAGUACUCAUUGAACACUGUAAAUGACCUCGACGCUUCUUCAAGAAUUCCCCGCGGACGUUCCGAUGUCAUCAUCCGUUUUGGUCGCAGCGGAUCCGGAAAACUGGAUUCGAUGAUUCUGCGCAACAAUAAAUUACUGAAGGUUAUUCCGAUCGAAAUUUUUUGCGCAGAUAUUUUGGCUGGUGACAAUUCUCCCGAACUCACGCGUCUCUGUAAUUCGUUUAUGUCCAAUGAUGAUAAAAAUGAAUAA